AUGAGGGCUGUCCGGAGUAGAACUGUCCGGACCACCCUUUCCGGCACGACGACUGUCCGGUGCGUGCUGUCCGGUGCGUGCUGUCCGAAGCAAAGUCGAUCGUGCUGGGCCGCUGCUCCAACCGGACAGCACCAAUUGAUCCGCUACAACACCGACUCGGCGCAUUGCAAAUCCGAUCCGCAACCGCCCGGUGUGCCACCUGAGAAUGUCCGCUUUCAGUGUCCGGACCUAGAGCGGUCUGUACAUGCAUGCCCCUCUUCUACCCCUCAUAGCGACAAAUGGAAGAAAAGGAACGGACGAAAAAACUUGCUGCGCGUCAUCAAAUGUGCUUCUUUGAUUGGCCAGUGGCCCUCCAUUUCGUCGUACAAACGUACAGGAGAGAAUAUAGGUGAGUCAAACACCCAUACACCGCAGCACCAGGAACACAGAAACAUAACGAAUUGUUCAUUUUAUUCAUUUGGCCCGUCUUGCUGCCCCUCCUUCUGCCCCGCGAUCCAUUCCGAGAUAAAGCCGUUGCUUUGGCAAGGUCUGCGGGGCAAUCUAGGCACUGCGCUAAAAAACGCAUCAAAGUUUCAAGAAACUGAAAAAAGGUAUUGCCCAAUGCGGUAA